AAGUGGAAAAAAAAGAGAGGAGAAAGUGAAAAUUAGUAAUCCGUCCUCACCAUUUCUGCAGUACAUAAACCCAACCUCCAUUUCUACAAUCCGGAUCUCCUACUCCACACUAUUCUCCACCUUUUUUUUAUUAUCUACGGAGAAAUUCAAUUUCGUACAGCAUUUCCAUUUUUCUUUAUAAUAUCAUUCCAGCUGAUGAACAAUGUUUGAUCGGCGAUCAGAAGCUUUGAUCGGCGGCAAUACAUUCCCUAUCGGUACUAGCUAUGAUUUGAUUGCAAGCGCGGAGUUGCAUCUUCAAACAAUAACAUCUUCUUCCAGGAUUAUUGCCUUUGGGCUGGGCUGGUUAUUGAAAUGAGGAUUGCAUUUAGAUUGGAAUUUUGAUGCAUUCUAGUUGGAGGUUUUGUUACAUUCUUUGUUGAAUUGGUUAUACCUAUGGGUAAGCUACAAGAAGUUGCUCAGCUCAUCAGGACAGUUGAUUAAUCUGUUGAGGAGAGAUGGGGUUACCUCUAGUCUCAUCCUGUGAGACAUCUGAAAGUGAACCUAGUCCUUUAGGCACAGUUAUUUACACCAUACCGCAACUUGGUGGUGUCAAUGUGAGUGGGUUGUGUGUGGGACCUGCAAACCAAACAUUUCAGGAUUCUAGGUAUUAUUCUUUGCCAGAAUAUCGGCAGAACACCUUGAAGUCUCCCGAUGGAUUUGAGAAAAGGUUUUUUGAUGCAGCACCUGAUAGUGUUCUCGAAAAGGUACCAUUUGAGGACUCCUUAAUUACUGCAACCAGGAGGAAUGUUCAACAUCCAGUUUCAAGGGUUGUUGGUUUCAAUUGUAGUGAGAAGGAUAUAUCGGUUGAUGGAUUAGAAGGCGCACAUGGCUAUUGUCAAUCUGCUUCUUCCAAAUUGAGCCUGAAAGAAACCGAGUCCAGUGGACUUGUCAAGAAACGGAUGCUUUCUCCACUGAAUAAAAUGCUUCUCUAUCAACAAUUUGAUGGUGAUUCUUUGAAUAUUGGCAGCGGGAAUGUUCAGAUUAAUUGCCAUUCUAAUAGAGAUACAUGUGGCAUUUCUUUAGCACAAGAUAGUAAAAAAGCGAAUGUGGGCAGCAGAAGUCAUUCAAAUAUGCCAAUCUGGUCUGCAACCAAUUGUUCUGAACUACAUGAUAGGCUGUACAAAUACAGCAAAACCACUUCAAUACUAUUCACAGAUGGGCCUGUGUUGGAGGACAAGGAACUAGAUCCAUUUCCAUAUGUACCUUCAUCCAGAACUGAUUCGUUAUCCAAAUUAGGUGAGAUAGGGUCAGGGACUAAGUCAGUACCUAUAAAACCAGGGUUGUACCCUCUCUCUUUGUCACCGCUCAGGCCAAAAUUUUCCGGACAGUUAGAAUCUGUGGUCAGGUUAAAGAGCAGUAAGAAACUGGAGAUAUUGGAAAAGGUUGCAUGUUCACUUGAUGAGAGCAGGUCGGGGGUGAUAUUUUCCUCUGAAAAAGAAGAAUUCAGGAGCAAUAGAAUAUCAUGUAAAGAUAAUGACAUUCUUCAUAGAGAAGUCCAAUCUCCUUCCUCAGGAACUAGAACUGGAAAACAGUGGCCUUUCUGUCAAGAGCUUGACAGUGGAAAUUGUAAAAGAUGGGGGAAAAAUUUGCGGGGAUUUCCUGUCCGAAGGUCUUUGGUUGGGUCCUUUGAGGAGUCUCUGCUCUCUGGUCGGCUUGCAUUGGGAAGAUUUAGUCAGGACAUAGAUGGUUUCCUUGCUGUACUUGGGAUAACGGGUGGAAAUUUCUCCCCAAAGUCGCAGAAACUUCCAUUUGCAGUUACCAGUGUGGAUGGCGACAGCUAUUUAUUAUACUAUGCAUCUAUAGGACUUGCUGGUAGUUCACGUUCAAACAAGUGCAGAGGUGAAAAGAUUCUUGAUCGUUGUGAACCAUGUGAAGGAAAAAGUCGACUGCGUAUUCCUGUGAAAGGGCGCAUUCAGCUGGUCCUGAGCAAUCCCGAGAAGACACCAGUACACACCUACUUAUGUAAUUACGACUUAACUGAUAUGCCAGCUGGUACUAAGACAUUCUUGCGUCAAAGGGUGUUUCUUGCUUCCUCAGUCUCAGAUCCCGUUCAUGGUGGGGAAAUGCAAAAAAUGUUGGGCAAGAAAGAUGAAAAGAAACUGUCAGAUGGCAUUGACAACAUAAGUCAGGUUUUAGGAUGUUAUUCGUGCCAGAAUGAUGAGGUUGAUGCUUCCUGCAAAACUGAGGUAAAGUGUGAAUCUGGCUGUUCAAGGGCGAAUGCAAACGCAACUGCUGUUGGUGCUCUUCGUUAUGCUCUUCACCUGCGAUUUCUUUGUACUCUCCCCAAAAGAAGUUCAAUAUCAGUAAGGCAAGCAGAUCCUUUGGCUUCAGAAAGAAAUAAAACAGACACGCAGGAUCAUAGAAGAUUUUAUCUGUACGAUGACUUGAAGGUUGUGUUUCCUCAGCGCCAUUCAGAUGCUGAUGAGGGAAAGUUGAUCGUGGAAUACCACUUCCCCGAGGAUCCCAAGUACUUCGACAUCAGCAGCUGAAGUAUCUGUUACAGGCUACGACUAUGUUGGUAGGUAUCUUGUUGUGUUGCUGUCAUGUCAAUCUGCAACCCCAGAAACGCUACACUUGGCCGUUGUUUUGGAUCGAGAUGUUGCGAGUUCGGACGUGCAGCACACAUCUGGGGGAAUCCAAACUCGGACAUACUUCUCUAUUUUGGAACUAGUAAGAUAUGUUGAAACAAACAUCUCCCCUCCCCUCCCCUCCCCUCCCCUCCCCUUAGAUAUAAGUGCAUUUCCAUUUGAAUCAGAGUAUAAUUCAUUUCCAUUAUACCGAAUUUAAUGGAGUUAGAGGUCCACUGGGAGGAGGAGUAUAUCGUAGUAUGUUUUUUCCAUUAAUUUAUAUAAUAUUAUACAAAAUUGUAAAUGAAGCAACACCCUUUUCAAAAGACCCUUAUACAAUUUACACGAAUUUUGCUUAAAAACUUGUGUAAACCAUGUACU